AUCAACAUCAUCAUACCUCACCACAAAACUGCAUCCUUACGCAUCGGCUCCUCCGUUCCCCUGUCCCGUACUGGAGAAAGUUUGGCGAGAUCAGCAGAAAGGGACGUUCAGGCAGCAAAGAAAAGAUGAAGUUAAGAUUUUAAUUAGUAAAAAUGAGAUGAGGAUGAGAAACAGCAUGACACACGUGUAUGCUUUCAUCCAACGGUGAGACGAGCUAGCACCACCUCUGGACAAACACAUGGACUCUGUGGACCAGGCGCUGUUUCACACCCAAGGCAAUGGAGCUCGGAAAAAGGGUCGAUUUAAAGGUUCAGAUGGCAGCACUUCCUCUGAUACGACCACCAACAGUCUUGUUCGCCAGGGUUCGGCCGACUCAUACACCAGCCGCCCGUCCGACUCGGAUGUGUCCCUGGAAGAGGAUAAGGAGGCAGUGCGCAGAGAGGCAGAGCGCCAGGCCCAGGCACAGCUCGACAAGGCCAAGACCAAACCAGUUGCAUUCGCUGUUCGCACAAAUGUCAGCUACAGCGCCAGUCUGGAUGAUGAUGUCCCUGUACCAGGCAUGGCCGUCUCCUUUGAUGCUAAAGACUUCCUGCAUGUUAAAGAGAAAUUCAACAACGACUGGUGGAUUGGACGCCUGGUGAAAGAAGGCUGUGAAAUCGGUUUCAUCCCCAGUCCAGUGAAGCUUGAAAACACCCGUAUCCUCCAGGAGCAGCGAGCUAAGCAGGGCAAGUUCAGUAAAUUGGGAGCAAAUUCCUCCUCUAGUUUAGGUGAAGUGGUUCCAAACUCAAGGAAAUCUACUCCUCCGUCCUCUGCCAUUGACAUAGAUGCCACAGGCUUAGACCCAGAGGACAAUGAAGUCCCGACCAACCUGCGCUCCCCUAAAGCCAGUCCAAACACUGUCACACCCCUAGCAAAAGAGAAACGAAUGCCUUUCUUUAAGAAGACGGAACACAUUCCUCCGUACGAUGUUGUGCCUUCCAUGCGGCCCGUGGUUCUGGUUGGACCGUCACUGAAGGGCUAUGAGGUGACAGACAUGAUGCAAAAAGCUCUCUUUGACUUUUUAAAACACAGAUUUGAGGGAAGAAUAUCAAUAACUCGUGUCACUGCAGACAUUUCUCUUGCCAAACGCUCAGUUCUCAACAACCCCAGCAAGCACGCCAUCAUCGAACGCUCCAACACGCGCUCCAACUUGGCUGAAGUCCAGAGUGAGAUUGAGCGUAUUUUUGAGCUGGCACGGACGUUACAGUUAGUAGUUCUUGACGCUGAUACCAUCAACCAUCCAUCACAACUGGGGAAGACCUCACUUGCACCCAUUAUAGUCUAUGUAAAGAUCACCUCUCCCAAGGUGCUGCAGCGUCUCAUCAAAUCCAGAGGCAAGUCCCAGGCCAAACACCUAAAUGUGCAGAUGGUGGCAGCUGACAAGCUGGCGCAGUGCCCUCCUGAAAUGUUUGACAUCAUUCUGGAUGAAAACCAGCUGGAGGAUGCUUGUGAGCACAUGGCUGAUUACCUGGAGGCCUACUGGAAAAGCACUCACCCCAGCAGCUGUAGCCCGCCUGACCCACUCCUGACCGAGCUGCCCACGGAUCCCCUGCCCUCCAGCACAGCCCCUCUCCCUGCACUGCAGGGUGGUGUCACUGAACAGAGGAGUGACAAAGCUCUGGUAGAGAGAAAGAGCUCCAAAGAAGACCACCACCAGCACCAUCAUCAUCAUCAUCACCAUCACCAUCAGAGCCAGGAUCCGCCCACCAACGAGGCCGAGGAGGAGCUGGAGGAGGAGGCCGAGGAGGAGCGCACUGAGCCUUCAUCACGCAGACCUCAGCACGUUCACCACAGGUCGUCUUCCACCAGGACUGAGCACCACAAUCACCACCAUCACCACCACCAUCAUAGCAGCCGUGCCAGGGGCCUGUCCCGGCAGGAGACACUGGACUCAGAGACGCCCGAGAGCAGGGAGAGCAAAGAAUCAGCUUACAUGGAGCAGCGGACACAGCUCCUCCACCAGGAUGAGGAGGAGGAAGAGGAGGAGGAAGAGGAGGAGGAGGAUUUAGGGGAGGGGCACCCCCAGCAGCAACAGCGCUAUGAGCCAGUGCCUCAUCGGGACCACAAUCAUCACCAUCAUCACCACCAUCACAGAGGGGACGAGGCAGGCCACGUUACAGGACACAGUACAGGACAUGGUACAGGACAUGGCACUGGACACCACAGGUCCAAAGAGCGCGAGCAGGACCAUAAUGAACGCAACAAACAGCGCUCACACCAUCACCACCGGCCUGCCCGGGACCACCACCACCACUACUACGACCGGGACAGAGACAGGGACCGAGAAGGGGAGGUGGCUCCCAAAAAGAGGGGUGACACAGGGGAAUGGGCCAGAGACACAUACAUCCACCCAAACAGACAAAAACCCUAAAUCACAAAUACACUAAAGGUGGGCUCCUUAGAGAGACCAUCUUGUCGUCCAAUUGUGCUGCUACACCCCAAACCACAACAUCCUAUUUAUGUACACCUUUGUAAAUGCUGUUUUUCAUCAACAGGAGUUUUGGUAACAUAGAUACAAAUAUAAAUAUAUGUAUGUGUAUCUAUGCAUAGACAAUGUUUAUGUGUGGAUAUGCAUGACUUUCUCAAAUAUGCAUCUUAAACCUGUGUUGGUCAAGGCAUGACACAAAGGCAGAUAUUUUUCUGAAGCUGUGCUUUUUGUGAUUACCUAAAGUUUGUUUUGCUUGCUAUCACUUGAAUCAUGUGUUUCUUCAGACUACUACUGGGGAUAGUUUGAUUUACUAUAUCUUAGUUAUUUUUUAAUUAUACUGGGCAUAAAAAGACAUACUUCUGCCUCCUUUGAGGUGCUUAACAAUAAUGUCCUUUUACAUGAAGUGCUGUAUCUUUUUAUCUUUAUUGAAUCUGAUACAUGAUUGAUUCUGCACUUAUACUACUCAAAGUGUAAUGUUGUAAUUCGAUACAACCUCAAUUGUUACUGCACAUACUGCUGGUCCACUACCAAAUCCGAAUUUAGGUUAAUCUUUUUAUUAAGUCUGAUCCCUUUUCUAAUAAAUGUUGUUUAAGUCCCUUACUUUUUAAAUCCCAAAUUAUUCACUAAACAAUAUUUGUUUCUUGGGAUCUCCCUCAGUAAUGCAUUUCAAAGGUUGACUAAUAAAAAUGGGAAAAUUAUUAAUUAUAUUGUUUGUAUCCUUAAGUGUUUGGCUUUCCAAAUAGUUUUUAAGGUAUAGGUCAAACAGGUUUAAUUGCACUCUGGCCUUCUGUUUACAGGUCAAAACUAAUUGUAUUCAUCUGACAAUUGCACUUCAAACCUGACUCGUUUCUAUGCUACAAAGGUAGCAUUACAGAUUUUGAACAUUGUAUAUGUACAUGGGUAUGUACAUAAGAUGUCAUAUAUAAAUAAAGUUGGCAGCAAUA